AAUAUAUAAUGUUAUGUAAGUGUAUAACAAAAGUUCUGUUCUAAAUAUUUUUAUUAUACAGGAAAACAUUUUAUUUGAGCGUACAAUGCUUUCGUGCAAAACUAUUGACAGGUAAUUCUUAACAGUCUAACGCUUUCGUGGAAGUAAUGUGUAAGCGGUUAUCACGACGUCGUCGAUUCAAACAGAAAAAAAAAGCCAAGCAGAGACGCAGUGGCCGAUAUUGUCCUCCAAUGGGAUACAGAGAAAAAUACGAGGUAGCUUUUGUAGAUAAUGGACCGCCGAUGUACGGAUGCGCCUACUUAGAUCACGACUGGCAAUUGAGCGUUGUGCCAUUGCUUCAUCUAUGGCUUGAACGUCGCGAGGAAGCAAGUAUCGAACCCGCAUAUUGCAAAAACAUGAGUAAUAUGAAUCACUACAUUUUCGAGUGCUUAUCAAGAGAGGAACCUAACAAUAUUGAAGAGAUUGAGAAAGGCUUUCAGUAUAUGUCGUUAUAUCAAUACACACCAAACGCAUACGGCGAACACCUCGAAAUAGCUAAUACGUUAUUCUACAGAUGUGCCGUGUACGUCGCUGAUGAAUACGAAAACUAUGGGGUUGUGGUAAUUCGGAUGGCACUUGGCAGGGGAAGAGCAGAGCAUUUUAAUCCAAGACAGUGCGAAGGUCUAUCGAAUCUUCUGGCAGAUAGAAAUCUAAUAUACAACCCUCCAAUGCAACAAGAUUGGCCCGAAGGAGCUAUGUAUGUAUUUAUAAUGGGAGAUAUCCAGCCCAAAAGACGUAUAACUACAACUACAACUACAACAACUACUACAACAACUACAGAAAAACCAUCCUUAUCAUAUUAUCAAUUUUUAUUUAUGAUAACGGGUGAACUUCCCUAGAUAAAAAAAAUAUUA